AUUCCUUUGUUCAAAACUCCAGAUCCUCCGUCGCUGACAAACGGCAGCCUCAAGGAAGUAGAAGAGCUCAACGCCACACCGGAGUAUUUCAUCAAGUGUCCGCAAUGCCAGAAAGGAUGUCAGAGUUUUCAGGCCCUGAAGGAGCACAUGGAACUGUCGCACACCGAACUGACAGCGUCAUCAGAAACGAGCAUGUCGGUUGCCAGCAGCGCGGUAUCGCCCUCGCCUCUAGGUGGUCCAGGUGGGCCGUAUGGCUGCGCUCAAUGUAGCGCAUCGUUCGCCUCAAAGGAACAGUUGGAAAAGCACGAAUUGCUUCAUUCGCCGAACGCUCAAGUG